UCAUUUUGGACCAACUCAAGCCCGCUUUUACUUUCUCUGGAUCAAAUGCCUCAAAUUGAGAAACCCUAAUCAACACAAUUCCUCAAUUCACCCCACUUUUUUCUCUCUAAAUUCUUCUUCAAAUCUUAUUCGUAUAUGGCAGUGGUGCUUGAUUCGGUAACACCGGCUCCAACAACGGCUUCCUCUCUCGCUCCUGGGUUUAGGUUUCAUCCAACGGAUGAAGAACUUGUACGGUAUUAUCUGAGGCGUAAGAUUUGCGGCAAACCCUUCCGAUUUGACGCUAUUUCUGAUGUUGAUGUCUACAAAGUCGAACCUUGGGAUCUUCCAGGUCUGUCCAGGCUUAAGAGCAGAGAUCUGGAAUGGUACUUUUUCAGUGUCCUGGAUAAGAAGUAUGGGAAUGGGUCACGUACAAAUCGAGCAACUGAUAAAGGGUACUGGAAGACAACUGGGAAAGACAGGUCUGUUUACCAUAGGUCUCAACUGGUUGGCAUGAAAAAAACUCUGGUGUAUCAUAUUGGUCGGGCUCCAAAGGGAGAGAGGACAAACUGGGUUAUGCAUGAAUACAGACUCAUUGAUCAGGAGUUGGAAAAAGCUGGAAUUAUCCAGGACUCAUUUGUCCUUUGUAGAAUCUUCCGGAAGAGUGGUUCUGGACCUAAAAAUGGUGAACAGUAUGGGGCACCAUUUGUUGAGGAGGAAUGGGAGGAUGAUGAACUGGUAAUGGUCCCCAAGCAGGAGUUUGCUGAAGAUUUUCCUGUUGAUGAUGAUGAUGCCUACUUAGAUGCAAAUGACCUUGAACAGAUUCUUGGCUCAGACACACCAGACAAAGUUGCUCCUCUUCCAUUGGACUUGCAUGAUGGUGAUAAUCUCAGCAGUGCUGACGUGUCUACAGAAAUGAUCGAAGACCACCCUCAAAAGUUGUUGAUGGAUGAGGGUGAGAAUCAACAUCAAGCUGAGAAAGAAGAUGGGCCUAAGUUGUUUGAUUUGCCUGUGCAGAAUGAGAUGGAUCCAAAAUCUGUGAAGCAUGAAUACAUUGGUGAAACAAACAAUGCCUCAGAUUUUGAUGUGGAUUACCUGCUUGAUGAGCCCUUUUUUGAUGCUUCUACUGGUGACUUUCAGUUUGAUGCAAGUUCAUUCCUUGAAGCAGAUGAUCUUAAAAACGAAGUCAAAACAGAACCUGGCCUUGAAAUGUUUGAUGAAUAUACUUCAUUUAUUAAUCCAACGAAUAACUUGGAAUACACUUUUGAUUCAAUAGACAACGAGGAUAUUCUCCCUGAAUCAUCCCUCAUUCUUGAGAAUGCAAACGAAGAUACCCACGAUGCGAUUGAAGCUACCCAGCAAUUCUUUGAAGGGCAGAACUGUAAUAUUGCUCCAGCAAAGGUAGAGCAACCAGAUUUGGCAACAGGCAACAAUGUUGCCUCCUCUUCAGGCCAAGAACAUCAAGAUUCAGCACCUCACGAGGCAAAUGAAGCAAGCCAACAACCGUUUGAAGAGUUUGCAUACCCGUUUCUCCAGAGGGCGAGUUACAUGCUGGGGAACAUAUCUGCACCACCAGCAUUUGCAUCAGAGUAUCCUUCAAAGUAUUUGGCAGCUGCUGCUUCACAAGCUUCAACAUCAGUUCGGGUGACCACUGGAAUGAUCCGUAUAAGAGACGUUUCUUUCACAGGGACCAAACUGGACUGGUCAUUGGGGAAGAAUGGUCAUCUGGACAUUGUUCUCUCAUUGAGGUUGGAUCAAGAUCAAAAUCAAAAUCAAAGUGUUGUUGGAAAGGGGCAUUCCGGUGUUUCCAGGAGUUGGUUUUUUUGCCUGUUUCUGUGCAUCAUGGUUGUUUCGUUGAGCUCCCAGAUCAGCAGUCUCAUCUGUCCAAGGUCAUACAUGAGCUGAAAAAAGAAAAUGGUCAAUGGUCAACAACAGGAGGAGGAUAUGCGUCUGCUUCAUGGUUUAUUUGCUUAGUUUAGCAGCAUCUUUUUAACAAAUAAUCAUUAUCAGUCAUUUUGCUGACUGAUCUCUGAUUCUGGAAUUGGGAAAUGUUUAUUUUUGUUAAAGGUUGUUGGUAACAACAUUUGGGGAAGUUUAAGUUUGACUGGAAGGAAAUAGUACAUCGCUAUUUCAUGUCA